GAGAAGUGCUUUGGUUCCUUGGCUCCGGCCCCAAAGAGGUGGUGGUCCCAAAUGAGCCUCACCCCAGCACAAGACAGCCCCUCGGCCCCCGUGAAUGUCACUGUCAGGCACCUCAAGGCCAACUCCGCAGUGGUGAGCUGGGACGUCUUGGAGGAUGAGGUCGUCAUUGGAUUUGCCAUCUCUCAGCAGAAGAAGGACGUGCGGAUGCUACGCUUCAUUCAGGAAGUGAACACCACCACCCGCUCAUGCGCCCUCUGGGACCUGGAGGAGGACACCGAGUACAUUGUGCACGUGCAGGCCAUCUCCAUUCAGGGCCAGAGUCCGGCCAGCGAGCCCGUGCUCUUCAAGACCCCACGCGAGGCAGAGAAGAUGGCAUCCAAGAACAAAGAUGAGGUGACCAUGAAGGAGAUGGGGAGCAGCCAACAGCUGCGGACCGGCGAGGUGCUCAUCAUCGUCGUGGUCCUGUUCAUGUGGGCAGGCGUCAUUGCCCUCUUCUGCCGCCAGUAUGACAUUAUCAAGGACAAUGAACCCAAUAACAACAAGGAGAAAACCAAGAGCGCGUCAGAAACCAGCACACCAGAGCACCAAGGGGGAGGUCUCCUCCGCAGCAAGAUAUGAGAACCUUGUCAGUGCUUGCUCUGAGCAGCUCGGAAGAAACGCUAGAAAAGUGGGAGGAUCUCAUGGUUCUGACGAUGAUUCCCCAACAAACAAACAUCUGGCCCUCUCCACAUUUCCCCCUCCUUCCAUCUCCUCACACCCCCUGGCUUACUGUCCUCUCUCUUGGCUUCUCUCUGGCGCAUUUUCCUGAAGCCUCUUAGUAACCCCCAUCUCCAGAAGCACGUCGACAGUGACAGGGGCCAAGGCCGCGCUCAGAGGCAGGUCUACAGGAUGGGAGAGAACCAGCCAACGGGAUGGCUCUGCUGGGGGUGAAACCGGGGGGCCAGGGGGGUCGAGGGCCCAGCACCCAGUCUUGGCUGCUGAGUGAGGCCGAAGGCUGGGUUUGAGAAGGCAGAGAGACGAGACACGCAGACAGGGCUACUCCAUUCCUUCCACGCAGGAUGAAAGCCUGGUGGCAGCCCUUCCUUCUUGUGUCCUCCCCUUACUUCCAACUUUGCAAGAAGUCUGUUCGAUUA